AUGAACUUUCUUGAUUUUCACCUUUUCUACAUCUGUUUCUUUUUUUCAUUCUUUUCCCUCGUUUUUUUUUGUCCUUUUUUUGUAUUCUUUUUUCUUUUUAUAUUUAUUCUAUUCACUUCUUGUUCGUUUCUUUCUUUCUCUCCUUUAGCCGUUUCUUUUUUUCCUUCCACAUUUCUCCUUUUCUUCUUUUACACACUUUUCUACCUCCCUCGCUUUAUCUUUUUCUUCUACGAUUCCAUUCCUUUUCCCGCCUUCUUUCUCUCCUUCCAUUCUUCUUUUUUUCCUUCUCACUCCUUUCAUUAUUUUACUUGUUCCUUCCAAUCGACUCCAAAUCCUUCCUUUCCUUCUCGUCUUCUUACCUUUCUUCUUUUUCUCCUACCAUUCUUACAUUUUAUUUCCUUCUUUGCUUCUCACUUUCCCUCCCAAUUCUUUACUUCCUUCCUUCCUUCCCUCCUUCCGACUUCCCAAUCCUCCUUUUCACACUUUCCUUCCAUCCUAUAUUUCUUUUCCUCACAAUUCAGCACUUCCUUCCUUCCGACUUUCCUAUCUUCCUUUUCCCACUUUCCUUCCCUCCUACUUUCUUUCCCUCCCAUUUCUGUACUUACUUCCUUCCUUCCUUCCUUCCUUCCGACUUUCCUAUAUUUCUUUUCCCAAUUUCCUUCCCUCCUACUUUCUUUCCCUCCCACUUCUGUACUUCCUUCCUUCCUUCCGACUUUCCUAUCUUCCUUUUCCCACUUUCCUUCCUCCUACUUUCUUUCCCUCCCAUUUCUGUACUUACUUCCUUCCUUCCUUCUUUCCUAUAUUUCUUUUCCCAAUUUCCUUCCCUCCUACUUUCUUUCCCUCCCACUUCUGUACUUCCUUCCUUCCUUCCGACUUUCCUAUCUUCCUUUUCCCACUUUCCUUCCCUCCUACUUUCUUUCCCUCCCAUUUCUGUACUUACUUCCUUCCUUCCUUCCUUCCGACUUUCCUAUAUUUCUUUUCCCAAUUUCCUUCCCUCCUACUUUCUUUCCCUCCCACUUCUGUACUUCCUUCCUUCCUUCCGACUUUCCUAUCUUCCUUUUCCCUUUUCUUCCCUCCUACUUUCUUUCCCUCCCAUUUCUGUACUUACUUCCUUCCUUCCUUCCUUCCUUCCGACUUUCCUAUAUUUCUUUUCCCAAUUUCCUUCCCUCCUACUUUCUUUCCCUCCCACUUCUGUACUUCCUUCCUUCCUUCCGACUUUCCUAUCUUCCUUUUCCCACUUUCCUUCCCUCCUCCUUCUUUCUUUCCCUCCCAUUUCUGUACUUCCUUCCUUCCUUCCUUCCUUCCUUCCGACUUUCCUAUAUUUCUUUUCCCAAUUUCCUUCCCUCCUACUUUCUUUCCCUCCCACUUCUGUACUUCCUUCCUUCCUUCCGACUUUCCUAUCUUCCUUUUCCCACUUUCCUUCCCUCCUACUUUCUUUCCCUCCCAUUUCUGUACUUACUUCCUUCCUUCCUUCCUUCCUUCCUUCCUUCCGACUUUCCUAUAUUUCUUUUCCCAAUUUCCUUCCCUCCUACUUUCUUUCCCUCCCACUUCUGUACUUCCUUCCUUCCUUCCUUCCGACUUUCCUAUCUUCCUUUUCCCAAUUUCCUUCCCUCCUACUUUCUUUCCCUCCCACUUCUGUACUUCCUUCCUUCCUUCCGACUUUCAUAUAUUUCUUUUCCCACUUUCCUUCCCUCCUACUUUCUUUCCCUCCCAUUUCUGUACUUACUUCCUUCCUUCCUUCCUUCCGACUUUCCUAUAUUUCUUUUCCCAAUUUCCUUCCCUCCUACUUUCUUUCCCUCUCACUUCUGUACUUCCUUCCUUCCUUCCUUCCGACUUUCCUAUAUUUCUUUUCCCACUUUCCUUCCCUCCUACUUUCUUUCCCUCCCAUUUCUGUACUUACUUCCUUCCUUCCUUCCUUCCUUCCUUCCGACUUUCCUAUAUUUCUUUUCCCAAUUUCCUUCCCUCCUACUUUCUUUCCCUCCCACUUCUGUACUUCCUUCUUUCCUUCCUUCCGACUUUCCUAUAUUUCUUUUCCCCCUUUUCCUUCCUCCUACUUUCUUUCCUCCCAUUUCUGUACUUACUUCCUUCCUUCCUUCCUUCCGACUUUCCUAUAUUUCUUUUCCCACUUUCCUUCCCUCCUACUUUCUUUCCCUCCCACUUCUGUACUUCCUUCCUUCCUUCCUUCCGACUUUCCUAUAUUUCUUUUCCCAAUUUCCUUCCCUCCUACUUUCUUUCCCUCCCACUUCUGUACUUCCUUCCUUCCUUCCUUCCUUCCGACUUUCCUAUUUUCUUUUCCCAAUUUCCUUCCCUCCUACUUUCUUUCCCUCCCACUUCUGUACUUUUCCUUCCUUCCUUCCUUCCUUCCUUCCUUCCUUCCUUCCUUCCUUCCUUCCUUCCUUCCGACCGACUUUCCUAACUUCGUUUUCCCACUUUCCUUCCCUCCCACUUCUGUACUUCCUUCCUUCCCUCCUUCCUUCCUUCCCUCCUUCUUUCCUUCCCUUCUUCCGACUUUCGUAUCUUCCUUUUCUCACUUUCCUUCCCUUCUACUUUCUUUCCCUCUCACUUCUGUACAGCCUUCCUUCCCUCCUUCCUUCCGACUUUUCUAUCUUCCUUUUCCCACUUUACUUCCCUCCUACUUUCUUUUCCUCCCACUUCUGUACUUCUCUCCUUCCUUCCUUCCUUCCUUUCGCCCUUAUUUUCUUCAUUCAAUUCUUUAUUUUUCUUUUUUUUCGCUCCUUCUUCCCUCUCACAUUCCUCCACACUUUCUUUCCCUACCACUUCUCUCUUUCAUUCCUUCUGUUCUUUCUUGUUUUUGUCAUUCCAUUAUUAAAUUUUCUUUUUUUCCUUCAUUCAUUACUUCCCACUUUCUUUCUUUCGCUUUCUUUUUUUCUUCCUUUUGAUACCCCUCCCCCAUAUUAUCCUACUUUCUAUCCUUUAAUUCUUCUUUCAUUUCCCAAUUCAUUUUCUUUUUUCCUUGCUUCCGAUCAACCCGCUUAUCUCUUUGCCUUCUAUAUUUAG